CCUUGAUCAUGGAGAAACAAGUUUCCAAGGGCACAGUUAAAAUCAAUAAAUGUGACUCAGCAACAGGGACGGCCCGAGAACACCCAGCAGAGUCAAAGGUUAGUGAACUUACCCAAAUGCUUAGAAAAAAGUGUGAGUGAUCUGCCAAGCCGUGCACUACCAUCUCACUCUCCUGGAAGUCCUCUGAGCCCCUGCUGUCAUGAACCUAAAGCUCCUCUUCUUUUGCCUCUUCUUGGCGGUGCUCCUCAUACCUGCUGAACUUAAACGCAAAAAGAAAAAACAUGAACAUCAUGCUGAUGAGCUUCGAGGACAUGGGCAUGAUAAACGCGGGAAAAAAAGAGGAAGGUUUGAGGACAUAGUUAACGACUUAUUCUUCAAGAUCCAGGAUGGAGCUGAGGAUGGUGAUGAUGAUGAUGAUGAUGACGAUGAGCCAAAUUCAGACUGGCUUUAUGAACUUCAAGAGCCAGAAGGCCAUUGCAGCCCUAACCCUUGUCUUCACAAUGGAGUGUGUGAGGAAAAAGAGGGGAAGAGAAGGAACUUUAAAUGUGAUUGUCCCAAACCUUUCAAGGGAAAGAAAUGCCAGAAAGGUCCAAAGGCUUGUAGAAAAGGAAAAUGCGGGCGUGGUGAAUGUGUCCUAACUUCAACUCCCCCAUUCUAUGAGUGCAAAUGCAAGAUGCCCUUCCAGCCUCCAGACUGCAGAACCUAUUCAAUGUGUGAGCCUAAUCCAUGUCAGAAUGGUGGACAAUGCGUCAAGGAAGACACCAACUUUGACUGCCAGUGCCCGGCAGGGUUCAGAGGACGUUUCUGCCAUGUUGGCUCAGAUGACUGCUAUGUGGAUGACGGAGAGACAUACCGUGGCAAUGUGAGUGAGACAGAUGACGGCCACGAAUGCCUGUAUUGGAACUCUCACUUCAUCCUGGAAAAAGGAGCAGAUCCCUUUUACUCCUUUGAGGACGCAGAUGGACUAGGCCCUCACAACUUCUGCAGAAACCCAGACGGAGACUCGAUGCCCUGGUGCUUCUACAGAAAAGGCCACAAGUUGUUGUGGGACACCUGUGAUGUCACAGAGUGUUCCGUACCAACAGGUGAGACACCAACUGACAUUGUCCCUACAGAAUUCGUCCCUACAGACAUCAGCCCUGCAGGCACCGCCCCCGAGCCUGCAACAGCUUCAAUCAUACCGGUCACCCCUGAGGACCCCAGCCAGGCUCCACCGAUUCCUCCUCUUCCAACUAAGGAUACUUCCUUCCCUAACGCCACCCUUGAACCACAACAGUUCGCCACGUGCGGGAAGGCUCAACAGAAAAAGAAAAUUACCCGAAUUUUUGGGGGUUUGAAAGUUCAUCCCGGGGGUGUACCCUGGCAGGUGUCCCUGCAAGUGAGAACGAAGAACACCAACCAGCUGUUUACACACAUUUGUGGAGGAGUUCUUAUCAAGAGUUGCUGGGUGCUGACUGCUGGACACUGCAUUCAAUCAAUGAAGGACAUGCAAGUGGUCUUAGGAAGCCUGUCACUGAAUAAUGAUGAACCCACAGAGCAAGUCAUAAAAGUUCAAAAGGCUAUCAGGCAUGAGAACUACAGAGAGACUCCUCAAGCUGUUUACAAUGACAUAGCCUUGUUGAGGUUGGAAGGCACUGAUGGCGCUUGUGCCAAUGAGACCCAGUUUGUGAAGGCCGCCUGUCUGCCUGAUGCCCAGCUGCCUGAUGGGAUGGAGUGUAAAAUCUCUGGAUGGGGUGCCACAGAGGAGUCAGCUCAACAAGGUUCCAACCACCUGCUGAAUGCCAAUGUGAUGUUAAUUAACCAAGAGAAGUGUGCUGAACCCGAUAUUUAUGGCGUUGUCCUGGAUAACACAAUGUUCUGCGCUGGCCACCUGAUGGGAGAGGUAGAUUCGUGUCAGGGUGACUCUGGAGGACCAUUAACAUGUAAGCAGAACAGCUCCAGCGUUGUUUAUGGUCUGGUGAGCUGGGGAGACCAAUGUGGAAGGAAGUACAAGCCCGGGGUCUACACAAGAGUCACUCACUUCCUGGACUGGAUCAAGUUAAAGACUCAAGCAGCAUCUCCAUAAGCAAACUAUAUUACUCAGCAUCUUGCCAGUAUAGUGAAAUGUCUAGGUUGUGUAUUGAGCAAGUCUUACUCAUCAUGAUUUAACGUGUUGGUUUUUCGCUGUUGUAUCUGGUAUUAAAAAAUAUUUUAAAUGGCUUCUUAAUACAACCCUCCUAAGAAUGCAGAACAUGUGCAUAGUCAUUUCUGUAUUAUGUGUUAUGACAGAAACAGAACAAUCUUCUAUAAAAUAAAUGUCAUAUUUCUUUGUU